AUGGACCUUGUGUCCGGUAAGAAGCCUGAUUUUGUAUUUCUAAUGGAAACAAUGGUGAAACGAGAUCAUGCGGAGAGGCUCCGUGUCAGGAUAGGUUUUGAAGGUUUGUUUUAUGUGGAUAAUGUGAGGAAUGGUGGGGGACUGGCUUUGUUGUGGAAGAAGAAUAAUACAGCUACACUUCUAGGCUAUUCGAAAAACCAUGUGGAUAUUGAGGUCCGUAUGUCAUCAGGUGAGACAUGGCGUAUGACGUGUUUCUAUGGCUUCCCUAAGAGUAGUCAAAGGCGAGAAUCAUGGGAGUUGCUGAAAUCAUUGAUAGAGAAAUCUCUGCUUCCGUGGGUUGUAAUAGGAGAUUUUAAUGAUCUCUUAUUCCAGCAUGAGAAAAGGGGAACCAAUCCACAUCCAGAUAACUUUCUCCGGGGUUUUAGUGAAGCUGUGGAUGAGUGUGGAUUGCAUCAGUUGCCUAUGAGGGGAUAUCAGUUCACAUGGGAGAAAUAUAGUGGAACGGAUCAAUGGUUGGAUGAGAGAUUAGAUAAGGUGAUGGCAACGAUGGAGUGGUGUGAUGUGCAUGGAGGGGCGGGUGUGGAGAACAUAAUUACUAGUAACUCGGAUCAUUCAGCUCUGUUUCUUGAUAUGAAUGCACGAAGAAGGGGAGGAAGAAGGGUUCCGAGGAGUUUCAGGUUUGAAAUGGCAUGGCUGCUGGAUGAGGGGUGUAGAGAAGUGGUGGAAACUGCCUGGCAAGGGGGGAGGACAGAGGGGUGGUUGAAUUGUCAGCAACGAUGUGGGGAUAGACUAAUGCGCUGGGGCGAUGACCAUUUUCAUAAGUUUGGAGAGCAUAUCCGGCGACUCCGCAAGGAGCAGGGGCGGAUCCGUGGUAGGAGGGAUCCGGCAUCUUUGGCUCAGCUCCAGCUGUUGAAUAAUCAGAUCUCCCAGUUAGAAGCCCAGGAGGAUGUCUUUUGGAGGCAGAGAGCGAAGCAGGAUUGGCUUCGUGGCGCAGAUGCGAAUACGAAGUAUUAUCACAGGUAUGCUUCUGCUAGAAAGAAAAAGAAUUUUAUUUCUAAGCUGUUGAAUGAGAAUGGGGUAUGGGUGGAGGGACAGGAUAUGAAUAAUGUAGUAAUCAACUAUUUCAGUAUAAUUUUUGCUACUAGUAAUCCUGUGUGUGAGGACCCUUUAUUUGAUGAGUUUGGGCCCCGUGUGACGACUGAACAGAAUGAGGCAUUGUUGUGUCCCUAUGAUGUGGCCGAGGUCAAAACUGCUAUAUUUGCCAUGUAUCCUGACAAGGCACCGGGACCGGAUGGAAUGAAUCCGGGAUUUUAUCAGCGUUUUUGGGAUAUAGUUGGAGAGGAUGUGUCUGCUUUUGUUGUUAAUUGUUUGAAUUCAGGCGAAAUUCCGAGUGAUUUGAAUGCUACCAAUAUUGUUUUGAUCCCGAAAAAGAAUGAUCCUACAACUGUGGCGGAUUUGAGGCUUUUUGCCCUGAGCAAUGUCUUGUAUAGGAUUAUGGCAAAAAUGAUUGCCAACAGGUUGAAACCUAUGUUGGGGGAUCUAAUCUCAGAAUCUCAGAGUGUCUUCAUCCCAGGUAGGCUUAUAACGGAUAAUAUACUUGUGGCGGCGGAGGUGGGCCACUUUUUGAAUCGUAAACAAUGUGGAAUGGCUGGGUGGGGAGCGCUUAAACUGGAUAUGGCGAAAACCUAUGAUAGAAUGGAGUGUGUUAUGGUGAAUGGCGUGAGUGGAGGCCAGGUGCAACCAACAAGGGGUCUCAGACAGGGAGAUCCACUUUCACCUUUCUUAUUUAUUAUUUGUGCUGAAGGUUUAUCCAUGCUUUUACAAAAGGAGCAGGCAGUAGGAUCUAUUCACGGUUGUAGAGUGGCUAGGGGAGCCCCCCCAAUAUCACACCUCUUUUUUGCUGAUGAUAGUUUGUUUUUCUUUAAAGCAAAUGUCCAGGAAGCUAUGGUGGUCAAGCAGUGUUUGGAAAGGUAUGUGGAGUUAUCUGGUCAGUUGGUAAACUAUCAUAAGUCUAAUAUAUGCUACAGUAAGAAUACUGGGGAACAAAUGAGAAAGGAAGUAGCGGACUGUCUGGGCGUGGAACGGGCGAGGAACUUUGGAAAAUAUCUGGGGCUACCCUCUUUUAUAGGGAGAAAUAAAAUGGUUGUUUUCUCUUAUGUAGAAGAUAAAAUCAGACAAAGAGUUUUCUCGUGGAACAAGAAAUUGUUAUCACAGGCUGGUAAAGAAGUGCUCUUGAAAAGUGUGGUUCAGUCUAUGCCCACAUUUUCAAUGAGUGUUUUUUUGCUCCCUGAAUCAGUUUGCGAGUCAAUACAAAGGGCCAUGAAUAGGUAUUGGUGGGGGAAAGGGCCAAACAGAGGAAUCCACUGGAAAGCAUGGAAUAAAUUGUGUAUCCCUAAAAAGUUUGGUGGAUUGGAGUUUAAAGAUCUAAGGAAUUUUAAUCUUGCGAUGUUGGGUAAACAGGCAUGGCGUUUCUUAACAAAUCCGGGAUCUCUGGCAGCACGAAUAUAUAAAGCAAGAUAUUACCCUAAAACUUCUUUUGUUGAUGCAACGGUGGGAAAUAAUCCCUGUUUUUGUUGGCGAAGUAUUAUGGCUGCUCAUGAUUUUGUUAUUGCCCACGUCCGCAGGAGAAUUGGAAAUGGCCAGGAAACUUUGAUAUGGGGUCAUCCGUGGUUGCAGGAUAAUCCUAGUCCACUUGUUCAAACAGUGAUGCCUGAACCAUUAAGGGAUGCAGUUGUGGCAGGUUUAAUAGAUCAGCAAACAAAAACAUGGGAUCCCCAUAUUUUAACGGAUCUAUUUGAACCUGAGGAUGUGGAUCGUAUUUUGAAAAUACCUGUGAGCCCAGACUAUAAAGACACAUGGUAUUGGCAUAAUGACCCGAAUGGUUGCUACACUGUAAAGGAUGCUUAUAGGCGUCUAAUGGGGGAGUUUAAUCACACUUUGGGAGAGUUUGAUAGAUGGAUUACGUUGUGGAAGUUGAAAGUCCCACCCAAGUGGAAAAUUUUUAUAUGGAGAGCGAUGGCCAGAAACGAGGCGGUCUGGGAACAUGCGGUACGGAGGCCGGAGGUGGUGUGGCGCCGUGCAGCGGCGAGGGAGGCGAGCUACACGGCACUCCAUUCUCGUCCAGUGGCGGCACUGGCCGGCGUGGUGCAGGCAGUGGUAGCCGGGCGACCGACGUGCCACGUCGACGCCGGAUACGAUCCGAGAACUGGAAAGGCAACCUAUGGGGCGGUCUUACUUGAUCCGAAUGGUUUGUUCAAAGCAGCGGCAAACGGAAAGCUCCCGGGGUGUUUAACCCCUCUUAUGGCAGAAGCACUAGCAUGCAAGGAAGCCUUGUCUUGGCUUAAAGACCGAAACGAGAACGAGGUGGAUAUUCUUACGGAUUGUCUUGUCUUAAGGAAUGCGGUUCAUGCAGUUACUACACUGAACUUAUCUUAUGUUGGAAUUGUGAUUGAGCAGUGCAGGAUAGCUAUUAGUAGUUUUGUUCACUGUUCGCUUAGUUUUGUUCCGAGAACUUUAAAUUUACAUGCGCAUACUCUUGCUAGUUUAGCCUAUGAUCAGGAACAUUCUAUGUAA